CUGCGUUUUGAAGAGGCAAUUUUAAAUUAUUUCGUUCUUUUCUACAUUUUAAUGAAAGAAAAAAUAUGCAAUUUAUCAGAAAGGGCCAAAUACUUUGAUAUUCAAAAAUGGGUGUUCAAAACCUAUGGUCAAUUCUUGCACCAGUUCAGUGUCAUAAACCUUUAAAUGAGUUAAAGGGACAAGUAAUUGCUGUUGACUUGAGCAUAUGGGUUUGUGAAAGCCAGGGAGUCAAACAGAUGCAAGCGGUUGUUUUGAAACCAUUUCUGAGGAAUCUAUUUUUUCGCAUCACUAAUUUGAGACAACUUUGCAUUAGACCUGUUUUCGUCAUUGAAGGAGAGGCACCAGAGUUGAAAUGUGAGACAAUGAUGAAGAGACAGAAAUCACAAUAUCGUGGAAAAUCUAGCAGGACUGAUGCUCCGAAAUCCAAGAAGACUGGAAGAAGCCAAUUUAAAGCUCGUUUGAAGGAGUGUUGUGAGAUGUUGGAUUAUCUUGGUAUACCUUGGGUACAAAGCAAAGGUGAAGCUGAAGCCAUGUGUGCUUUUUUGAACAUCAAAGGAUUGGUUGAUGCUUGCAUCACGCAAGAUGGUGAUGCAUUCCUUUACGGUGCUAGAGUUGUGUACAGAAACUUCACUCUUAAUAACAAGGAUCCUCACAUCGACUGUUAUAGCAUGGAUGACAUUGAGACUAAGUUGGGGUUAAACCAAACAAGUCUUGUGGGCUUAGGAAUCCUUCUUGGCUGUGACUACCUACCAAAAGGAGUGCCAGGGGUAGGCAAGGAAGGGGCAAUGAAAUUGAUAAAAGCGUUGGAUAAUGAAGUUGCUAUCCUACAACGAUUCAGGGAAUGGCAUCAGGACUUUGCGUAUCAGUCAAUGGCUGAGCGAGAUGUCAUGAGGAAGGCCUUGUCUGUACCUGGGUUCCCAAACCAAGCUGUCAUUGAUGAGUUUAUGGUAAUAAAGGAUAAAAAACCAAAGCACACAUUUCACUGGGCAAGGCCAAACCUGGCAAAAAUAAAGACUUAUAAUCAAAUAAAGCUUGACUGGCCAGAUGAGUACACAGAGGAGAAAGUACUUCCCAUGAUCUCAUCUCACGACAUGAAUGAAAUUAUUGAGCAUGGUAUAGAGAACGGCUCAAACUACCUUAAACCUGUUGAGAUAGUCAAGACCAGAGUUAGACAAGGUGUGCAGUGUGUUGAGGUCCACUGGGAAAGACAGGAAAUGAUGUCAAGUGGUGAUACAGAUAAACCAGAGUUUUACACCACAGUUGAAAAUUUGGAACAAUUCCAAUCUGCAUUUCCGGAAAUACUGAAGACCUUUUUGGAUGCUAAAAAUUCCAAGACGAAGAAAAAAUCUAAGAAAUCGAGUGCAAGCACAAGUGACUUGAAGGAUGAGAUGACUGACAUUGGCUCUCUAACAGAUGCUGUUAGUAAGAUAUGCCUGACUGAGUCCAAUGACAUAUCUACAGGAAGUAUGGCUGCACAUCCCAAAGCAAAGGGCACCAAGAACUCAAAAAAAGAAUGUAAGAAGAAUUGUUUUAAACAAAAUGUUGAUGUGCCAGGCAACCAGUAUGGUGAUCUUUUGAAACAUAAAUUAACUGCAACUGAUGAUAAUCAUCAAAAGGUUCUGCAAAGUUGCAGUGGUAACCGCCAAGAUAAAGAGCUGAAGAUUCCAGUUGUGGAGUCGCAACAUCUUCCAAAGAAGGAUGUUAAAGUAGAAAAAGGUGCUUACCUAUCUAAUAAUGAUAAAAUGCAUAAGGGACAUGGACACAAACCAUUAUUAAUCCCAGCUGAAAUGAAUUGUAAAGAUGAGAACAUUUUAAAACUCCAAAGAAGAAAGGAGUCCAGUAGUCAUAAUGGUGGGAUGAAAAAAAAUAGAUCAUAUAAGAAUUCCAAAUCAUCCAACAUAAAUGAUGAGAACUUAGGAGACAGUUGGAUUGAAGAGGUCUUCUUAGAACUUGAGUCAAGAUAUCAAAAAAAGAUAUCUGUUCAGAGUUUGAAUGGUAACUCUGGUAAAACAAUGAAAUUCGAUGAUGAUAAUGAUGUUGUCAAAUUCAAGAAUUCCAAAAAAGAGAAAACGGUAAAAUGUAAGAAGCAAUUAGUAAAAAAUACUGGCAGUAAAAGUGAAGUAUUUUGUCAUGAAGAGAACAAGCAGGUGCAAGAUGAAGAGUGUCCUGAAGUACUGCCAUUAUGUGAACGAAUAAUUAUGAAAUCUGUUUUGAAGAAAAAGAGCCGACAGAGAAAGGAAAAUAAAAAGGAUGUGAAGAAAUUUAUUGCUGUUGAAGAGAUUCAAACUGAUGUAAGCGUAUUGAAAAAUACUCCAAACUUUUCUAAUCAAUUUAAAGAAGAAACUGCUCUUGAGAUGCAACCAUCUCAGAGCUGUGAACAAAAAGUUGAAGUUGCCAAAGUUUCAUCUGAAAAAGUAGAUGAUAUUCCUUGUACAACAUCGCAUAACACUGACAGCAUUUCUCAGACUUCAAACAGCAACCAUUUUCUUCUGUUUGAUAUUUUAAAUGAAAAUAAAUCUGAAGCAAAUGUUGGUGCUCACAGAAUAAAUGAUAAACAAAUGAAUAUUUUAGAACAUAAGAAUACUUCAUUACAUGAUACAAAUGUAGAAUCAAAUACCUGUACCGAGGUUUCGGUCUUAGUUGAUGAUACAAAAUUUGACUUCACAGAUCUUGAUUUUUCAACUAGUUUUCGAGGACUUGACAACACUGGUGGUGGAAUGACACCAAAUUUGGGAUCCUCCAGUGUAAAAGAAACAUUUCCAAAAAAUACCGAACAAAUUGAUAUAUCAUUUAAAGGUCAAAUCCAGAAGGAUUUUCCGGAUCUCUUCAAUUGCACAUUACCGUCUCUGUUGACUGGUGGCGAAUUAGUUUCCCCAGCAGCAGACAAUCAUGUACCUAUAACUAAAUCUUUACCAAGUGAUGUUGCAUUGCCUAAUCAUGAUAAAAAGGAAAAAGAUGUUCAAUGUAAUUUGUUUACAAAGAGAAAUUAUAAAACAUGUCAUCAGACUGGUCAAUUUGCACACGUUCCGAUUGCUGAAAGUCCUGAACCAGUAUCCCUUGCUGAUCGGCUAAAACAGCGACUAGGAAACUGUAAAGAUGCCAAGACCUUACAAACAAUAGUGCUGUAACAAUGAAAAACCAGUUGAAAGUUCAACAGACUUUUAACAGUAGAAAUUAUGAUGAAUAAUUGUUUCUGACUGAUUAUGAUAUAUUGAGGAAUGUAUGAGGUCCUGUGGUAGAUAAGGACAAGAAGCAAUAAUAUUUGUAUUUUGGUAAAGCCUUUGUUACAAUUGUUUCAUUCUUUGUAAUUAAGAUGUAUAGUAAUCAUUACUGUGUAUACAGUAAAAUAAAAAGUCCAUGAACCUAUUUCAAUAAAUCUGAUGGUUUAUGGACAUUUUACACAGAAAUACACGUUUGUAGAAAUGUUUUGCCAAGAGUACUUAACAAUAAACUAACGUUGGUCAUCUUUUUAAUAGUGUUGAUCAUUUGUUUUUAAUUUUCUUAGCAUUUAAUGAUGUUUGGUUUAAGUACUGCAUAUAAGAUUUCUGGUUGACGGCACCAUUGGGCUAGCAAUGCCAAGGCUGCCAAGACCAAUAGCAUACACCCACCAACCAACCCACCCACUUGUGGGCCACGACUUGGCCAAAAAUUGAUGAAACAUUUUUUCCUUAAAGCUUUCUCUACACUAUCAAAUUUCAUCAAAAAAGCGUCACAUAAAAUGUGAUGGAACAUAGAGUUGAACACGUUCAACAUUUUUUGAUACAAUUUGAUAAUAUGUGAUAUGACGUUAUCAUACUCAUAUAUGGGCACAUCACAUUUUUUUGUCACAUAAAUUUGAUAGUGUAGACUAAGCUUUAGAGAUGUGCUGCCUGUCAUGAGCUAAAAAAUUAGGUCUCAAUUCCAUAUUAGGAUUGCUUAAAUUGUAUGUUGCAGCAAAUGUUGUGUAUGCAAACAUUAUACAGUACACUACAUAAAGAAAUAUAGAACUAGAAAUGUUUUAAUUACUAAAAUGUGAUGUUUAAUGUUACGUACCUGUAUUUUAUAUGGGUUGAGCAAUAAUACACUAAUAACAAUACAGUAUUACAAAAAAAACACUAAUAACAAUAGAGUAUUAUUCAAAUCUCAGCCACAAACUCGACAUUUUUCAAAAUAUCUGACUGCGUUCUCCAAUUUGCCUUUCUAUAAUGUUGUAAUGUGUUGUAAUUGGUUUUGUGCAACCCCAAAAAUCAUUUACAAGAGAAAAAAAACACUAACAAUAUUACAAAA